GUUUGUGUUCCGCAUACUUCAGUCACAUAUUCAAACUGAUAACAAGUAGCUAUGUCCCAUCUCUUGGAGCGGUAAGUAGUAGUAUAAUCACUAUUAAUAUUACUUAUUUAUAUUUCCUCCUCGAUAUAAUUAUAAUAACAUUCAUAUAGAAAUGAAAUCGUUUGUUAUCGCUUACAUACUGUUAUGUUGUAAAAUAGAUGAAUAUUUUGAUAUAAAAGCUAAACAAUGUUCAUGUGGCAUACAGCAGUAUUGGAAUAUAGCUUUUGUAUUACUGUACAGUACAGCCGGGUAUAUAAAAAAAGGGUAAUCGAACUUCAGCACGCUAUUGUACGUGAAUUACUCGGCGUAUGAACAACAUUUUUUCAUAUUCGGAAAGAUCAUGCAGGCUUUUAGCUAUUGAAUGCCAAGUGGAGAAAAAAUAAGCAAGUAAGAGUCCGAUAAAAACGUUAGUCAAAAUCACAUAUUUUCACCUCUGUGCCUAAUUAAAGCAGUGCAUAAUAAAAGAAAAAGCAAUUAAUCACGAACUUGUCGUAGCUUAGCUACUGUCGUAGCUUAGCUAUUCCUAUACGUAAUAAUAAGUAUCCGUCAAUAUGUGCGUAGUUUAUUGAAGUGAAAUUCAUCAACUAAGUACCGAAGGGGGUUAAUUUUCAAUGGUUUUAGACCCAACUCUCAACGGUGAAAAUAUGCAAUUCUGACUAGCAUUUUUUAUCGGUCUCGUACUUGCUCAUUUUUUAUCCAUUUGGCAUGAAGAAGUAUCAUUCAACAGAUAAAAGCCUGAUCUUUCCGCAUAUGAAAAAUCUCGUUCAUACGCAGAGUGAUUCAGAUACAAUAGCGCGAUGAAGUUCGAUUACCUUUUUAGUGUGAAGUUUCUUCGAAACUUCACAGUAUUGUGAUGGUGGGGAAAAUUCAAACGAAACAGUCAUUCAUUCAGUCAUACAGUAAACUUUCCGGGGGGCGUGUACGAUUUAUGUUCGCAGUGAUUUAUUGUGCUUAGUCAGUACUUUGAAGGUUAUUUAGGCAAUUUCAGUUAGCAAUUUUACAUAUUCUGUUAUCCUUUUACCAAGUUCACAAAAAUUUCGAGCAAUCGCUUUUGUUAUUGUAAUUCUUUGUAAAUUUUAGAACAUUCGCUUCUCAUGUUGUGUAAAUGAUCUUUACCCCGGAACACCCGAUUUUUCUUUAGUAGCGCAAAUGCGCAUGCGCUAUCAAGCCGUAUAUCACGAUGGCGUGACGAUAUGCUAGGAAGGAGUGACAGUGUUGUUUUCAGAUGUAUAAACAUUUCAGACGUGAAUAUUGAGUAAAUCUUUGAAAAUGUACGCAAUAUAUAAAUUGAUCUUAUGCAUUACGGCCGUUCAAUUAAUAAGUGUCGAUAAUAUUUAGGCGGUAUAUUCAUUAUACAGAGCUAGGAAGGAGCUAGACCGCCUAGACAGUGCAUUUAAGACUCAAGUGUAUAAACAUUUCAGACGUAAAUAUUGAGCCGAAAAUCUUUGAGAUUCUAGGCAUUCAAUUGAGUGCUGAUAUUAUGUUCACGGUGUACUCAUUAUACAGGGGUACAGUAUGUACGAAGAAGCGAGGAGGCAGUGUUGUUUUUCAAAUAUAUAUUAAACAUUUCAGACAUGAAUAUUGAGAAAAUCUUUGAGAUCCUAUAUACGCAAUAAUAUGAUAUAUAAAUUGAUGAGUAUGGUUACCGGCGUUCAAUUAAGUGCCCAUCGAUAGACGAUAUUAUUUAGACCGUGUAUUCAUUAUACAUUGUUAUUUGACUGUAUAAGGUGCCACAUCACAGAAUAGUACACUCGGGCAAAUUGCGAAAAAUUGCAUCAGAUCAAUAAAGCAUCAACAACUAUUAAACAGAAGCGGGCGUUCGUACAGGCGUUUAUGAAGAAAAUAUUGCGAGACGAAGGAAAUCAGUUGAGUCAGAGCUCCUUAUUUUAAUAAGAAAGACGAAGAGAUAGCCAACAUGUUAUCGCCAACGUGUUAUCGCCAAUCGCUUGGCUCACCAACAAGCUUUAUGCAAUGGAAGAAAAAAGCAAGGAGGUACAUGUAUCCAAACUUGUACUGUCGCGGACCUUGUUUACUGUCUAGCACAACGCCGUUGUCAACGGUGCAAAUUCGUGUUCAAUGCAACGUUAACUCUACGUAUACCAGAUCUUACGAGAAUUAAUCUGUAGUAUUCUGUACACAGAACUGUAUCAAAGCUUGUCAAAACUGCUUUAAACACUGCUAUAACUGUGAAACUAUUGAAAUCUACAGUGACAUUAUUCAAAACAUGCGAAAAGCUAAAAAUAGACACAACGUGCACUGGGAAAAGUCAAAGGUCAAUGCGGACUUGUUAUUGUAAAACAUGUCACAAUUAGGUUAAAAUGCGGAUGCGGAAGGAGCGGACCACGGAACGGAAAUGCGAAUAAAAUACGGAACGGAUGAAGAUAAAAUGCUUCCUUUCAAUGAUGUAACGACGUAGUGCUUAUUAUUUAUAACAUAUCGUAUACAUCUAUUUCAAUUAUAAGUUUGCAGUAGCCUUGUGCGGAUGCUUUUAGCGACAGCUGCAAUUGAAAUUUUGAAUUGUCGCGUGUAGCAUCACAAUAAAUAGAUAAAUUGUAUCAUUUUCACAAAGCACGUUUCUGAUGUGUUAGGCUUGUUUCAAACGUCACGCUACUCGUGUGUCGAGCGCAUUAAAAGCAAUAUAUAAUGAGAUGAAAUGCCGUUGGCGAUUGUUUAUUUCGUAGUGUAAGACAUCAGCUUUUCUAGGUUGUCAGCGACCCUAUAUAGUUCUUGCAGAAUCUUUUUCAAUUUGAAACUUCACACUAUCCUUGGAUCCCUAGUUUUUUAUACACCCUGUAUAAAAUUUAUACUAAUUAACAUUGAAGUGCCAAUUUGGCUUGAAGUAAAACAUGCACUAAAACAUAUGUCCUUGCUUUAUUUUAAAUUUUUAUUAAAGUCUGGUUGUAUUCUCGCCGUACUUGGUGCUGUAUGUGUGGAAAAUCCUGAUGCCAGAUUGUCUAUCCUGUUUUUACCAUUUUUCUCGUUUUCAGCAUCGAAGGUAUGUCAUGCUUUCCCCUGCUUUAAUCCCUCUUUUAUACAAAGCGUUAAGCCCGGCGCACACUAGAGCUAUGUUCUUAGCAAAAUGUCAUUCGUGACUGUUGGCGUAAGGAGAUAGCUCUCGUGUGCGGGCGAUUUACGAACGAUUUUGUCAUUCGUGCCACUUACGGCAAAUAUCUAACAUGUUUGAUAAUUUCUGCCUCGAGUGCCAAAAUCUUUCCAUGUGCGGCGAACGAAAGCUAUCUGCUUACGGAUUGUCGUAACAGCGCAUGCGUAGUAUACGAAAGUAAACAUCCAAGAUGGCGGCGCAAAAUGAAUUGCAUGCUGAGGCAAUUUUAGAAGACAAACUUGUCGUAAUAAUGCUGUUCCAACAACUUGUCUACAAGCUUGCUACAAGCCUGUUACGAACAUAUCUUGUAGACAAGUUGUUGGAACAGCAUUGUCACAACUUGUUAACACGAUUGCUACAAGCCUGUUGAGAACAUAUCUUGUUGACAAGUUGUUGGAACAGCAUUAUUACGACAAGUUUGUCUUCUAAAAUUGCCUCAGCCAGCAAUUCAUUUUGCGCCGCCAUCUUGGAUGUUUACUUUCGUAUACUACGCAUGCGCUGUUACGACAAUCCGUAAGCAGAUAGCUUUCGUUCGCCGCACAUGGAAAGAUUUUGGCACGCGAGGCAGAAAUUAUCAAACAUGUUAGAUAUUUGCCGUAAGUGGCACGAGUGACAAAAGUCGUUCGUAAAUCGCCCGCACACGAGAGCUAUCUCCUUACGCCAAUGGGCACGAAUGACAUUUUGCUAAGAACAUAGCUCUAGUGUCCGCCGGGCUUUAAUUUUAAUUUACCUGGCUAGUAUACUGUGGUGUAUUAAAUCUGACAAAUUUGCAUAUAAUAGUGAGCACAAUCAAAUUUGAACAUUUUUAUCUCCAUACUGUAGCUGCAAGAACUGCAACACACCAAAAUCCACACACCCCUCCUUCCCCGAGUUGAAUGUUGUACUGGCAUGCGCGAUAUGUUGCUAACUAUCCAACAAACAUUGUUGAGGGUGGGGUAAGGGGGAGGGCACGCACGUACACCAGGACCUGAGUGAAGAGUGAUGUUUUUGCCAUCCUAUAUUUUUACAUUGUCCUGUAUGUAAGAUUUCAAAUCCGACUAUGAGGACUGGACUAGAUUUCAAUUCCGCGCAAUUUGAUCAAGUCCGAGGCAAAGCCGAGGACUGGAUCAAAAUGCGAGGACUUAAAAAAAUAGUCCAAUCUCAAUCACUACCCAAAGUGAGGUGAUUAAUUUCGAUCCAGUCCAAGAACUGAAUUAAUUUCGAUCCAGUCCUAGGACUGUAACAAUAAACUUCACCAGGUAUCCAGUAUUAUCAUGUGAGCAAAAUAAAGUAAUAUGAUUGGUUGAUUUAUGCAUGAAUUAUUAAUGAAUUUGAGAUCUCUUUGUCACUGAUUGUAGACCAUUGUACAAUUCAGGAAUUUCGUUCAUAAAUUGGAAAACAAUAAAUGGGCGAAUUUAUACUGUGAAUUAAUGAUUGAUGUCAUUUUCUAGGCUUUAAUAGGACUUGUGAGUUUUGAUAUGGCUGGAUUAUUGUUUCGUUGGAAACUUUUUGACCAUGCAGCUCAUUUGGGCGGUAUAGCAUUUGGCAGGUAAUUAAAACAAAUCGUUUUCAUGUGCAGUAUAUAUAUUGAUUCAUUGUAGUUAAUCGAACAAUGCCUGAAGUGUUUAUUUUUCUUCUAUAUAACUAUAUGGUGGGAUGAUAUUCAUCUAGCAUAGCCUGCAGCAUUCCUGAAAUCUUGGGAAUAUGGUGAUUAAGAUAGCUUUAGAAAAAUGUACCCUGAGCUGGGGGAGCAUACAGUAGUUCCUAAGAGUUAUAUUUGGAGAUUUGAGAUUGUAUAUUUCUUUCUACUACCAUGCAGAGUCUAGUCUGGCCCUUAAGUUGCGGGAUGUGAAGCACCUCGAAUUUCCUAGAUUAAAUUUCUCAAUUUUACGGAAAUAUGGAAAUAUGAGUGAGUUUAUAGGUGCAAUUUUACCUGCAUGCAACUUGUUCACAACAAAAUCGCAACAAAGUUGCCUAGUGGAACAGCACUAUUAUGUCCAUGUACCCCUACAUGCUCAACCUAUACCUUAUAUUUUAAAAAUUUCAUAGUUGGUAUAUAAUAUUUGGACAUAAAUAUCUAUGGGAUCAGAGACAAGUGAUUAUACGAAAGUGGCAUGAAUUUCGACAGAACUAUACCAGAUAA